UACAGGGAAAACUUCCAGAGUUUAAUUUUGUUGUCAACGGUUCGUUCGGUUUGAAGGUGUUGUUUGUUCGUCUAUGGCGACCCUGUUCUGUCACGAGUUGGCACACACUCCUUCUUUCACACACACGGACACGCUUGUCGCGUAACCUUUUUUUUUCCUUUUCUGUCUUUCUUCUGCAUGGCACUGCCACCGUCACCGUUUCACACGAACAAAGCCUCUCUCCGCAACAUUCCUGCUUUUCUUCUCUUUUGUCACUCUUUCAUCUUUUUAUCAUCUCUCAUCAGACAGACCCUUUUCAGUGAUGAAGCAAAAGACGCCGUCUUCACCAAUCACUACAAGAACUGCGUUGAAGAAGCACGGUGACAACAACAAGUCCCUGCAGAGUCCACCGCAGCCACGCCUCAGAGCUUCUUCCAAGGCUCCAAAGUCACCACCAGAGACAUCAACCAGAGCCAAGUCAGUGCCCCUGGACUUGAAGGACGUUUCGAGGGCCAAGAGGGGUGCUGCUGUGGGGUCUCGAAAGGGUAGGGAAGCUGAGGAGGCUGAGGUUGUUGUUGUUGCUCGGCCACGGCGAAGGCUUGGGGAUUUCGGUUUGAGGAAGAGUGGAGAUGAUGACCCUGAUGGGAAGAAGAGGAAGGAGUUGCAGGAGAAGCUCGAGGUGAGUGAAAAUUUGAUCAAGAGUUUGCAAUCUGAGGUGCUGGCGUUGAAGGAGGAAUUGGAUAGAGUUAAGAGCUUGAAUGUGGAGCUUGAGUCCCAGAACACAAAGCUCACUCGGAACCUUGCUGAAGCUAAGCAAGCAACUGUUGGGAUUGGCAACAGUGGAAAGAAGGAGUCAGUAAUAGGAGAACACCAGAGUCCCAAGUUUAAAGACAUACAGAAACUCAUUGCUGACAAAUUGGAACUGUCUAGAGUGAAAAAGGAAGGUAAUCCUGAAGUUAAUUUUGCCAAAGCAUCAAUUCUUUCACCAACCAGAAGUUUUUCCAUUCAUGAAACUAAAAGUAUAGGAAGAAAAUCUCCACCCAAUAUAUGCCUGCAGCCACCUCCACCACUACCACCACCAAUUAUAGGAAGAAAUUCUGCACACAGCACAUGCCUGCAACCCCCUCCGCCUCCUCCACCACCUCCAAUUCCAUCUCGGCCUUCAGCAAGAUUAUCUGACACCAAAAAGGGUGCUGCAAUUGUUGAACUAUUUCACUCGUUAAAGAGUAAAGAUGGGAAGAUAGACUCAAAAGGACCUGUGAAUCAUCAGAGACCAGUAGUUAUUAGUGCACACAGUAGCAUUGUGGGAGAAAUUCAAAACCGUUCAGCUCAUCUGUUAGCCAUAAGGACAGAUAUUGAAACAAAAGGAGAGUUCGUUAAUGACCUCAUAAAGAAAGUAGUAGAUGCAGCAUUCACGGAUAUUGAAGAGGUCUUAAAGUUUGUUAAUUGGCUUGAUGGAAAACUAUCAUCAUUGGCUGAUGAACGUGCUGUCUUGAAGCAUUUUAAGUGGCCUGAGAAGAGAGCUGAUGCAUUGAGAGAGGCUGCAAUUGAGUAUCAUGAACUCAAAAUGCUAGAACAGGAAAUCUCCUCCUACAAGGAUGACCCUGAUAUUCCAUGUGGAGCUGCCUUAAAAAAGAUGGCCAGCCUAUUAGACAAGUCUGAGAGGAGAAUACAGAGGCUAAUAAAGCUAAGGAGUUCAGUCAUACAUUCAUAUCAAGUGUACAACAUUCCAACUGCAUGGAUGCUUGAUUCUGGAAUAAUGAGCAAUAUAAAGCAGGCUUCCAUGACCCUUGUCAAGAUGUACAUGAAAAGAGUGACAAUCGAGCUUGAAUCCGUUCGCAAUUCCGACAGAGAAUCUAUUCAAGAUUCUCUUCUGCUUCAGGGUGUGCAUUUUGCAUACAGAGCCCAUCAGUUUGCUGGAGGAUUGGACUCAGAAACAAUGUGUUGUUUUGAAGAGAUACGGCAACGUGUACCAGGACACCUAGCAGGGUCUCGAGAACUUUUGGCUGGCAUACCAUUAUCAUGGUAAACCAUUGUUACUUUAUGCUACAAAAGAUGGGUAUUCAACAUUCAUUAUUCUUUUUCUCAUCUCCAAUGUCAAUGCUUGUUAGACAUGAAGAGAUUCUGAAGAAAGAAAACUCCAUAGUAAGGUCAAAUGGCUAAUAAUCUGUGAGCUCCCAACAUGUCAUAACCUAGGAAUAGGGUCUUCACUGUUAUGUGCAUGUAACAAAGACCGUGAAGAAGAAGAAACUUUGGCUUUUGAAGGUGCAUGUGAUCAAUGUUUAUAGAGUUACUUCAAAAGUAUAACAGUCAUGUUCAAUCUGUAGAGCUUGGGAAAAACACUUCUGAAGCUAUUUCUACCUCAUUAUAUAAUCAUUUACGUUCUUUUCGUUCAA